GGGGUUUGGUUUCGGUUUGGUGACGGCUGCAAGCGGGGUCGGUGACGGUCGACAUGGGAGUCCCCAAGUUUUACCGGUGGAUCUCGGAGCGGUAUCCCUGCCUCAGCGAGGUGGUGAAGGAGCAUCAGAUUCCUGAAUUUGACAAUUUGUACCUGGAUAUGAAUGGAAUCAUACAUCAGUGUUCACAUCCUAAUGAUGAUGAUGUUCAUUUCCGAAUCUCUGAUGAUAAAAUUUUUGCUGAUAUUUUUCACUACUUGGAGGUAUUGUUUCGCAUUAUUAAGCCCAGAAAAGUUUUCUUUAUGGCAGUUGAUGGUGUGGCUCCAAGGGCAAAAAUGAACCAGCAGCGUGGGAGACGUUUUCGGGCAGCAAAGGAGGCAGAGGACAAAAUCAAAAAAGCAUUAGAAAAGGGAGAAAUUCUCCCUACAGAAGCAAGAUUUGACUCCAACUGUAUUACACCAGGGACUGAAUUCAUGGCCAGAUUACAUGAGCAUCUGAAGUAUUUUGUAAAUAUGAAGAUUUCCUCAGACAAGUCAUGGCAAGGAGUUACUAUCUACUUAUCAGGCCAUGAGACUCCAGGAGAAGGAGAGCACAAAAUCAUGGAAUUUAUCCGAUCCGAGAAAAGAAAGCCAGAUCAUGAUCCAAACAUCAGACAUUGUCUUUAUGGCUUAGAUGCUGACUUGAUUAUGCUUGGAUUAACAAGUCAUGAGUCACAUUUCUCUCUUUUAAGGGAGGAGGUCCGAUUUGGUGGCAAGAAAACACAAAGGGUGUGUGCACCAGAAGAAACUACAUUUCACCUCCUACACUUGUCUUUAAUGAGAGAAUAUAUUGACUAUGAGUUUUCGGCAUUAAAGGACAAGAUUUCCUUUAAAUAUGACAUUGAAAGGAUAAUAGACGAUUGGAUUUUAAUGGGAUUUCUUGUUGGCAAUGAUUUUAUUCCUCAUCUACCUCAUUUGCAUAUCAAUCAUGAUGCACUGCCUCUUCUUUAUACAACAUAUAUGACUGUCUUGCCAGAACUUGGUGGUUACAUUAAUGAAAAUGGCCAUCUCAACUUACCUCGGUUUGAGAAAUAUCUUAUAAAACUGUCUGAUUUUGAUCGUGAACACUUCAGUGAAGUUUUUGUUGACUUGAAAUGGUUUGAAAGCAAAGUUGGCAACAAAUACCUCAAUGAAGCAGCAGGUAUUGCAGCAGAGGAAGCAAAGAACUUCAAACAAAAGAAACUGAAGGGCCAGGAAAACUCCAUGUGUUUGGCUGCUUUAGACAAAACUGAAGAAAUGGUGGCUUCAAAGAGUGUCGUAGAAGAUGAACCUGAAGAUGAUGACCUCUUUGAAACAGAAUUUAGACAGUACAAGAGAACAUAUUACAUGACAAAGAUGGGGGUAGAGAUUGUUUCAGAUGACUUUCUGGCUGACCAAGCUGAAUGUUACGUGCAGGCAAUACAAUGGAUUCUGCACUACUACUAUCAUGGAGUUCAGUCCUGGAGUUGGUAUUACCCUUACCAUUACGCACCUUAUCUGUCAGAUAUUCGCAACAUUAGUGAACUCAAAAUUCAUUUUGAAUUAGGAAAACCUUUCAUGCCCUUUGAACAGCUUCUUGCUGUACUACCAGCAGCCAGCAAGGAUUUGCUUCCAGGGUGCUACCAGCAUUUGAUGACUAGUGAAGAAUCUCCAAUAAUAGAGUACUACCCUCCAGAUUUUAAAACUGAUCUAAACGGGAAGCAGCAAGAAUGGGAAGCUGUCGUUCUGAUCCCAUUCAUCGAUGAGACUCGAUUACUACAAGCCAUGGAGUCAUGCAACAAGUAUUUGAGAGAAGGUGAAAAGAAAAGGAACAGGCACAGUGAGUGCCUGAUGUACUGGUUUGACCAGGAUGCUGGUUUUAAGUACUCCUCGCCCUGGCCUGAGAAGUUCCCGAACCUUGAGAAGUGCCAUGCCAGGUAUAAGAUAAUAUCUUUAGAUGCUUGGCAUGUAGAUAUCAGUCACAAUAAAAUAACUAAAGCCGAACAGAGAGCACUGUAUUUCUGUGGAUUUCCUACUUUAAAGCACAUCAAACACAAGUUUUUUCUGAAGAAAAGUGGAGUACAAGUAUUCCAACAAAGCAGCCGUGGAGAGAAUAUGAUGUUAGAAAUCCUAGUUGAUGAUGACUCAGAUGAACUUCAAAUAGAAAAUGUUGCUUCAUUGGUGCUUGGAAAGUCUGUAUUUGUUAACUGGCCUCACCUUGAAGAAGCUAGGGUUGUAGCAGUAUCAGAUGGAGAAACUAAGUUUUACUUGGAAGAAACUCAAGGAACUCAGAAACUUUACUUGGGAAAAACUGCCCCACCAACUAAAGUAGUUCAUGUUGGUGAUAAAGAACAGUCUAACUGGGUGAAAGAAAUACAGACAAUUUCAGAACACUACCAGAGAAGAAAAGGAAUAAUAAUAAAUGAAACUUCUGUUGUUGUGUAUGCUCAGUUACUUACCGGUCAUAAAUAUCAAAUAAAUCAAAAUGGUGAGGUUCAUCUGGAGAAACAGUGGUCAAAACAAGUUCUUCCUUUUGUUUAUCAAACUAUUGUCAAGGAUAUCAGUGCUUUUGAGACACAUUUCUCUAACAUCAAAACGUUGGAUGACCUAUUUCCACCUAGAAGUACAGUCUUUAUGCUGGGGACUCCUUACUAUGGCUGUACAGGCGAAGUUCAGGAUUCGGGGGAUGUUAUUACAGAAGGUAGAAUUCGUGUGGUUUUCAACAUUCCAUGUGAACCUCAUCUUGAUGCCUUAAUACAGAACCAGCAUAAAUAUUCUAUAAAAUACAAUCCUGGAUAUGUUUUGGCCAGUCGUCUUGGAGUGAGUGGAUACCUUGUUUCAAGGUUUACAGGAAGUAUUUUUAUUGGAAGAGGAUCUAGGAGAAAUCCCCAUGGAGACCACAAAGCUAAUGUGGGAUUGAACCUGAAGUUCAAUAAGAAGAAUGAAGAGGUUCCUGGCUACACCAAAAAAGUUGGCAAUGAAUGGAUGUAUUCUUGUGCUGUGGAGCAGCUCCUGGCAGAGUACCUGGAGAGGAUACCAGAACUCUUUAGUUAUGUAGCAAAGAACAGCCAAGAAGAUGUAUUCUAUGAAGAUGACAUUUGGCCUGGUGAAAAUGAGAAUGGUGCUGAAAAAGUUCAAGAAAUUGUUACGUGGCUAAAGGCGCAUCCUGUCAGUGCUUUGUCUCGCUCAUCUUGUGAUUUACAAAUUCUGGAUGCAGCUAUUGUUGAGAAAAUUGAAGAAGAAGUAGAGAAGUGCAAGCAAAGGAAGAGUAAUAAGAAAGUACGAGUGACAGUGAAACCGCAUUUACUCUACAGACCUUUAGAGCAACAGCAUGGGAUUAUUCCUGAUCGAGAUGCAGAAUUCCGUCUUUUUGACCGUGUUGUAAAUGUGAGAGAGAACUUUUCGGUUCCUGUGGGUCUCCGUGGCACCAUCAUAGGAAUUAAAGGAGCUAGUAGAGAAGCAGAUGUACUUUUUGAAGUAUUAUUUGAUGAAGAAUUUCAUGGAGGUUUAAGGAUAAGGUGCUCACCUGCAAGAGGUUAUCGACUGCCAACAAGUGCCUUAAUUAAUCUUUCUCAUGGUAAUCGCUCAGAGACUGGAAAUCAGAAAUUGACAGCCAUAGUGAAACCACAACCUGCUGUGAAUCCAUGCACUUCAAGUUCAUCUGGUUCAUUUGUUGCAGCUUCUCAGAAAGCCCAUUUAGGCCCCAACAGUUCUCGAUCACUUUUGACUCCUACUCAAGUACCUACUAAAGAUGAUGAUGAAUUUUGCAGUAUUUGGCAAUCUUUACAAGGAUCAGGAAAGCCUCAACAUUUUCAGCAGAAUUCACAGGAGAAGGGUUUGGUUCUACCUCAAGAAAUAAACAGAGCAGCUACUACCACUCAGUAUCAUAAACCUGGCUUCAGUGACAGCAGCAUUAAGAGUCAGCAAAGAAAAUGUGACCAAUAUAGAAAAUUCAAAGAAGAUUGUAAAAUUUCUAAGAAUGAAUGUCAAUCACAAAAGACAGCAAAUAAACAGACUUUUGGAGGAACCCCCAAAUGUAAUGUUAAGCUUUUAAGGAGAAAUGAAAGUCCCAGUGUUUCAGAAAUCCAAAAGGCUGUAACUGAGGAUCCAAAUACAGUUGGGAAGACUGACCCUGGAAUUGAGAAUUUCCUACUAUCCUUGAAAAUCUCCAAGGAGAAUGAAGUACAGUAUGGUGAAGAACCAACAACAAGUGAAGAACAUUUGUCACCACAGUCAUUUGCUAUGAAGGGAACACAGAUGCUUAAAGAAAUUCUGAAAAUCGAUGGCUCUGACCCUGUGGACAAGAAUGAAGUAAAACAAUUAGUUAAUGAAGUUAAUGCCUCUUCUAAUAGGAAAGAGGUCUAUGGAUCUUCUUCACAGCCUAGGCAAACCAAGAAGUUAGCUGCUUAUAUGAAUAAGCCUCAUAAUCCAGGAGACUGUCAUAGUGCUCAAGCGAUAGACAAUUUAGGCCGACCUGUCCUCAAUCAGCAGCCUUCUUUGUCCACACCAGUAUCAGAGCUUUCUCGACUUUGUUCUCUUGUUGGAAUGCCACAACCAGAUUUCACCUUUCUCAGAACGCCACAGACAAUGACAGUUUGUCAGGUAAAAUUAUCUAAUGGCUUACUGAUACAUGGACCACAGUGCACAUCUGAAAUUGAAGCCAAGGAGAAAGCCGCUUUUUUUGCUUUGCAACACCUGAGCACUGUAGGAAUGAAUUUUCCUUUGCCUCCACCAAUGUUUCCAAAUUACCCACCUGCUGUACCCACCGGAGCCAUUCCUCCAGUAUUUGCCCAACCUACUGCUAAUAUAAUGCCUCCAUCUCCUCACAUCUUUGGCUCAGUGCCAUGGGGAUCUCCAGUGCCAAUUCCUGGGAAGCCUUAUCACCACCAUGCUCCAUACCCCACAAACAUGCCUCUUACAGGACCAGUGCCAGUUGCACCUCACAAUCAGUUCAUACCUCUUCAGGUUACAAAGAAAAGAGCUGCAAACAAAAGGAACAUUGAGUGUAAGGGAGCCCAAGGUUGUUCUUCUCAGGCGACCUCUCUUCAACCAGAGUCCCCAGGGCUUUCAGAAGGUGCCCAGUUAACUUCCCAGGAGAGUUCUUCGUCUUUAAAGUCACCUCAAGUUCCUCCAACUACAGUUUCUUUUCAAGACAGAGUAGCCUCUUCAAGCUCUGGUACUUCUCGUGGUAAAUCAACACCAGGUUCUUCAAGACGAAAACCAAGGAAACUGGCAGUCAACUUUGGUGUUUCUAAACCAUCAGAAUAAAUAUGGUAUUUAGGAUUUAAUUAAUGUUUCCUUUAUAACUUCCCCAAACUUUUUUAAUAAGGAUCUUAUAUGUCCUAUUAGAAAAAUGCACUAUUUAUAAAAAAAAGUUUGUAGUAUUGGAAAAACUAAAGAUCUUUUAGGCUUUUUUCAGACUGUUAAAAGUACGUGUACAAAAAGUUUGUGUUGCGAAAGGCACUGAAGAAGCAAACUUAAAAGUGAACCACUCCCUCCAUCCAUUGUGCCUAGAAUACUGGGAGCGUCUUAGCACCAUGACUUGGAGAUUACCUGAGCAAUAGUAAUGAUAGCAUUUUCUGAUCUUUAUUGGAGGCAGUAAAUAGUGGUGGAGUUGAAAUGGGGUCUCAAACAUAAUUUACUAUGUGGGAGUUUUAUUUUUGUAAUAGUUUAGUGAAAUGGAUGGGGAAGAGAGGAGUGGCUCCUACUUCUUUGCAUCUUAAUUUGUGUUCUUUGGCUCUGUGGGUCCUUUGGGCCUACAAGAAAAUAAACCUAAUGGGGCUGCUGCUGCUGCCAGGCUUGCUUCCUAUCCAAAUUUUAUACCAAAGCCGCUUUCAAAUACCAACCAGAACUUUGAUCUCUCUAAAUGUCUAGAACUUUAAUAAUAGCAAAUUAGGUUUGAGUAAUUAAAAAACACUUGGGUUGCUCAUGAACCAGCAUUAUUAAUUAAUAAUAGUUUAAAUAUCCACAGGAUUCAGUUACUACAAAUGAAUAGACUGUUGGACUGUAAUGCAAAUCAUUAAUCAAAUCAACAUCAUUCUUUUCCAGCUGCUGCUUUACCACCAUAUGAACCUGCCUCUCAUCCAAACACAAUGCUGCCUAGGGUACUAAAGAAAUCUUAAAUAUAUUUUAAAUUCCGGAGUGUGUGCUUGUAUAGGAGCAAUCACUUUUCUAUUUUAUAUUUUAUCUCUAUGGCAGAUGUCUAUGUCAUAUUAGUUCCAUAUUUUUAAACUCUUUCUUGGAACUGCUUAGUGAUUGGCAUUGUGUUUUCUUUGCAUGUUACUUAUAUUUAUAUUUACGUAUGAGAGUGUGUAUAUAUUUGGUGUGUGAUUGUGAAAUAAUUUUAAACUUUGUUAACAAUUCAGCGUCACUGAGACAAAAUUUGUAUACAUAAGGAUCUAGUCUUUGUUAUUUGGUUUUUUAAGGAAUGGGCAUUGUCAUAUGCUUUAUUUAAAAAAAAAGAAAAAGAAAGAAAAGAAUCACACAUUGAAUGUGGUAUUGCUUUUGAAUCUUGUGUUCUGUUGUGGGUCUUAAGGCAGUUUUUAUUCUCAAAAUUCAGUUGUUAAUUAAAUAUUUUCUUCUCUGCCAGAUCCUAGUAGCAGGCUAUGGAAAGCAGUAGUGCCUUUAGCACAGGGAAACGGUCCUUACUGAUAUAUUACUGUUUGGAGCUGUUCACUAGCUUCUAGGCUCUUCACACACCGACUCCUUCUGUUCACUCUUACUGUUCAGACAGUCUUUGUGUGUCGCGGUUACGGCGAGCAGCGUCCAGUGAGUCAAGUAUUUCACAGUGUUGUUUCCGUGCUUUUACAGACUCCCUACCCAAUAGCCAACAGUCAUUCUUGGCGUUCAAGGUCCAUAUGGGCCACUUACUAGGAAUAGGAAAAAUCUGGCUCCUCUUUUAGAACCUGAGAGAAAAAAAAAUCUGAUAGAAACAGUGGUGUUAAUCCUAACAGCUUAUGUUUACGGUAUAUUAAAGGCCCCAAGACAGCUUAUCCACCUCCAUCCAGUUAAAUUAUGGGAUUUUGUGUUCAUUUAUGGUCAUGCUGGUAUAGUCUUGAGAAUUUCUCCUAGGAUUGAAACGUUGGUCCCGAGAACCUAAAUUCUCUGGUUAACCCUUCUAUCCAAGGCAGGCUCACAUUAGUCCCUGGGAUGCUAAUACAGCUCUUUACCUUGUUGCUUCCUUUUUGCAGGUCAGAUUCUUCUUGACAAUUAGACUCUUAAAAUAUGUUAGGUGUCAGAAGAGCCAAGCCCAAAGUAGUUUAUCUGUAGGUGUUUCACAAAGAAUACUUAAGUGCCCCUUAACUCUAUUUAAGUGCUAGUUAGGUACAGACUUCGUUAACAAAAUAUAUUUAUAUGUUGACCAGAUUUAGCAGACUCAUCCAUCUACCUUCAAGGAUACUUGUCAUGUUUUUCCAAAUUACUUAUAAUCUAUUAUCAUUUUUCUAUUUUUAUAAAUUAAAUAAUCCAGACAUUACAUAUGUAGGCAUCUCACAAUGGAUGAAUUGAGAAUUUCAGUUCAUCUGUAAAUGAACCUUAGUUCCACCUUGGAACUUUUUAGUUAACAAAAGGCAUCCAAGUAGUUAUAAUUGGAAAUGCUUUUUGUUGGUUUAUUUUUUGGACAGCUAGUAGAGAUGUAGAUGUAUUGAUGUUAAGAUGAUUUUCUUUUUUGUUCUGAGAACUUUCUAUAACUGAUUAGGACUGUCUAUAAAGGGAAGAAAGCUGGUGUUAAAUAUCAAAAUAAAUGAGAACACUGCUUUCUUGACCAGUAUCAUGCCAGCCUAUUCAAAAUAACCUUGCUUCUAAAGGUUAUUUGGAAAAUCAUUUCAUUAAAAACUAUUGUGGUUUUCAGUGUUUUUUUAAUUGCUGCUCAGUCAAAAUGUACUUCCACCUCUCCUCUAUUUUUUUUUUUUGGUGGGGGUGGGAGGACCUGGUUGUAUACAAAACCAGUCACAUUUCACUUGCCUUGGAGAACAGCAUAAAUCUUUAGUGCUGCUAAUAUGUUUGCGUUGGCUUUACUGAUCAAACUUUGGCAGCUAAAUUUUUAGAAGGUGCCUCUCCUAAUUAAAGAUAUAGACUGUGAAUUCCAGAAACAAGAUACGUAUCACAGUUAUCAUGUCCCCACAAAGACCCCCUGAGCAGCCAAAUACUAUUAUAACAAAAGAUGAAAUUUGUUUCCAUUGUGUGGGGCUACUGAAAUAAAAAAUGUUUUGUAAUGCUACUCUUUAAGGAGGAAAAAAAAUUUUAGCGUGGGGAAAACAGGAUUCAGUACUGAAAAUUAGAUCAUUAUCUUCGUGUAACAUGUAGCUUUUUGAUCAUUUUUUGUUCCUUAGACUAAUAGUGGUAUGAAAUCUGGAGGUAAAUCGUUUUGUGUCCUACACUUAGAAUGGGAACUGCAGAAGUAAUAAAAUAAAUGACCAUAUCAAGGCAUUCAGCUAUCUGAAGUGCAGUUUAUGAAGGGCACUAACUAUCCCGUUUCCAGGAGAUGCCCCUUCCAAACCAGUGCAUUUCAGAAGCAUCGUACCCUCGGCUCACAGGUUUUAGAGUCAUUUGCUGUGAGAUGGAGGAGGCAAUUUAGUGUAGCAGAGCAAGCGCCAGAUUUGGAGGCAAAAGACAGAUUCAAAUCCAAACUCUUCUACUUAGUAUCUGUGUGACCUUAAAAAAGUCAUUGCCUGGG